UAUCUAUUUUUCUGUGAUCAGUGUGAUCCAAAACCAAAACAGAAGAUUUGUUUAUGUUUAUAUAGCAAGUGUUUGAAUUUUUUAUAAAAUGUCUGCAAAACAAAUAAUUAAACAGCGAAAUGCCGGUGUACUUUUAGAUUCAGAUAGCAUAAGAGCAGGAUUGCUCUCAAAAAAAUUUAUGAUUAAGGAUGCAAAUGUUUGGCAUGCUUUUGUGAUUCAUUGUGAGCAAUAUAUGGAUAGAAAUAAAUUACUUCAAAUCAUACUAGAUUACGUUUAUCCUCUUGAAUUGGUCCCACUGAAAUUUCAAUCUCUUGAACGUGAUGAAUAUAUAUUCUUUGCAAAGGAAUGUUCAGAAGCCAUUCACAAAUUGUGUGCAAAUAAUCUGAUUAUUCCUAAUCCCUAUGAUCGUAUGUCACCUAUCAGGAUGGAAAUAAUUUUACAUUAUGCUUUAGUAAAUGAAUUAAGAAUCAGUAUUGUUGACAGAAUGAAAUCUGUUAUAUUUUCAUUGUUUAAUACUAGCAAUAAAACAUUAUAUCUUGAUAACUUUAGUAAAAAUGAAGGCUUACAAGAUUACAUGCCUUUAUCUCAACCAAAAAUACUUUAUUAUGUGCUCAGUGCAGCUGCUAGUUUGAAUGUAAAAAUUAUCAGACUGAGAAAUAAUGACAUCCGCACUUGGACUUCUCAGGAAAUUUUGUGGAAAUUCACUUCAUUAACACAUUUAGAUUUGAGGAACAAUAAGAUUGAAGAUCUAUCAUCAUUCAAAUGUUUGAAAGAUAUGAAAUUAUUAGGAAUAUAUUUUGAUGGCAAUCCCCUUUGUGAUAAACUAGAUGAGUAUACAUACGUAUCAGAAUUGAAACAAAUCUUCCCAAAUCUCCAAAAGAUAGAUGGUGAAUUGGUAUCGAGAGAUGGAGUACCAGCAGUGAGACAAAAUUUUUUAUGUGAUAAAAAUGGCUUUCCUAUUGUCAAUAAAUUUAUUGAAAUAUAUUUUCAUCUUUAUGAUAAAGAUCGUAAAUCACUUGAAGACUUGUACCACGUAAAUGCAAUUUGUUCAAUCACAAAUCUAUACAAAAUUGGACAAACUACAUCUAAUGAAGCAAGGCUGCGACCAUAUCAAAUAAAUUGCAGAAAUUUAUUGGCCAUGGCUGAUAUACAAAGGAGUAAUCAAUAUUUGUUUAGAGGAAAUCAUUGUAUUGUUAGAAAACUACUUGAUCUUCCACAAGUAGAACAUGACCCUUAUAGCUUAUCGAUAGAUCUUGUAUUUUAUUCUGAUAUCACAGCUGUUAUCAAUGUAUGUGGAGUUUUUCGGGAAAAUCCAACCUCGGUUUUAGAUGCAGAAAGGCAUUUAGGGUUUAUGAGAUCUUUUGUGCUAAAGAACUGUAACGGAGAAUAUUUAAUAAUGAAUGAAAUGAUACAUGUCUAUAAUGCCCUCUCUUCUCAAGUUUCCAAUUCAUUCAGGAUAGCACCUCCAAUGACAGACUGCAAAUUGCCUGAACCUAAAACAUUAAAAGACAAAGAAAAAGCUACAGAAGCAGUGGAAAUGCUCACAGGUCUCACAAAAGAAUGGGCAAGGAGAUUUCUUGAGAAGGGUAGCUACGAUAUAGUUACUUGUAUUAAGACUUUCAUGGAUAUGCACAAAAUUGACAAAAUUCCACCAAAAGCCUUCAACCACUGAAAUUCAGUGAUUAAUAUUUUUCAGGUGAAUUGUUGAGGACAAAUGAAUGUACAAUAUAGUUAAUUAAUUUUUGGCAAAUAAAAAAUGUAUUAUUAUUAUUUUUAAAUAUUGAUGUACCUAAUUGUAUCAUGAUUGAAAUUAAUAUCUAUUUAUAAAGAAAAUGAAGAUUUUAUGAGAAAAUUAUAUUUUUCACUAGAUUGUGUUAUAUUUUCCAACUGUAAAAAAAUCAUUUAUUGAAUAAAUGUAUGUGUGGUAAAUUUAUAAUUUCAUAUUUAUGGAGGUGUUAGAUUGUAUGAAGAGUCACUAUUAAUAAAUAUUUCAGUUGGUCAGAUG